AGAUCAGGAGAGGGGAUAGCAGCCUGGCUCUCUCUCUCACACACAUUCCCAGUCCCACUGCCCAGACAAUACAGCUUGGCUGGUGACUCUAACAUUGGCUGGAGCUUUAGGAUGAGCUGUGAAGCCGCUGCAUCUGGAUGAUGGAAAGGGGGAGAGAGAGAGAGGCUGAGUAUUCCCAGGACUCUGAGCUGCUGUAGGACCCAAGGAAAGGAAGAUCGCAAAGCCAGCUCCCUGUUCAACAAGCUGUUCAGCACCACGGACAGCUACCUUCUACUCAAGCAUAUGAGAAUGGCACUCAACAUCCCUGCUCUUACAUGGGAAGCACUCACAGAAUGAGAGAUUAAGCAGGAAUCCCCUUGCUUUAUCAUAAGACAUCGACGCACUUAUGACUAGACAAGCUGAGGACGCACACUGAGGAUUCAGCGGGGCACAGGACACAAGAGGCUCUGAACUGAAUAUAUUGUCACAUAUCCUAGGAUAAUCUAGUAAUCUUACAUUAAACUCGUCACGAGACUCCACAUCACUACUAUGCUCAUGUCACAGGCUGGUGCACAGUACAGGCCACUGCACUCAAGAGCAACUCAGUUUAUAAUGCCCCCUGUAGAAUAUGGUAUCUCCCAAUAGAACUCAAAACAUCCCAAUAUACUACAGCUCAUCCCAGUACCAUUCAGAGCAUCCAACUAUAGUACAGCUCACCUCAGUACCACUCUGAGCUUCCCAUCUUAUCCCAUUGUUACUCAUCCCAGUACCAAUUAGAUUACCCUACUAUAGCAUAGCUCACCCCAGUUCCCCUCACAUCAUUCCAACAUAGCACAGUUUAUUUGAGUACAACUCACAGCAUCUCAGUAUAAGCAGAAAUUAGUAUUAUCCUACCUUACUCAGCAUUGGGCAUUUAAGUGCCUUAUCAAUGGCUAUCUGUUAAACCAGGUCAAUUCAAAGCUUCCAAAUUUAGUCCUGUGUAAUCCAGUGCAAUUGAUUACAUUUUACAGUGUUCCAUCAUAUCCAAGUAAUAGUAUGUCCUUUACCAGUAGAGAUGUAACUCCUCCACAGUGAAUACUGCAUAUCAUUGCCUAUUAUUGAGUUACAGUAUGCCUAAGCGUAUCCCAGUAAUAUUGCCUAAUAGAUUUUCCAUUUCCAGUGUUAAACAUGGAAUCCCUGUUUUCAUUUGUAUAAUCUUGGAAUAGCCGAAAAGAAGAAUAGUUCACAUCUGUAUCAUCUGUUCAAUAGAAUAGUGUAGAAGAAUAGUAUAGGGUUCUAGUACAUAUUAAUAUAUAUCAGUACAAAACUGGUAUGUUAGAAAUAUAAAAAGCUGAAGACUGAAAACAUGACAUACAGUCAGACCCAAAAUGUGUCUCUGUUCAAAGUAAAGCUCAGAAUUAACUGUGUAUAUAUAGUUAUGCCCUAGAGCCACUCCCUCCUGUGCAGUUCAAUACAUUUACCAUAUAGUCCUGUAUAGUGGUCAGGCAACCUUGUGUAAAGUAUAGUUGGCUGCACUCAAAGAAUGUGGAGAAAGAAUGGCCAAAGGUGAGGUGGUGUUAAACAUGAGUACCCUUAUUGCUAAAACAUCUGGUACACCCCUUAUCCAUGCGUGAUGUGAGGAUCUGGGGGUCCCGUGGACUUGGGAAUGGCUGCACGAGGGCUUGUAUGGACAGCGGUGCUAGUUCUCUGCAGCCCGAAGCUCCUAGGAAUGGUUUUCAUGGAUAACAGAUUGUCAAUAGAGAUGUCUGGCCGGGUGAAGCGUGGCUGGGUGUGGAACCAGUUCUUCGUGGUGGAAGAAUAUACAGGGACAGAGCCUCUGUAUGUCGGCAAGAUUCACUCUGACUCGGAUGAAGGGGAAGGCUCCAUUAAGUACACUAUUUCAGGCGAGGGAGCCGGCUCCAUCUUUAUCAUUAAUGAGCUGACGGGAGAUAUACAUGCUACAGAGCGUUUGGACCGGGAGCACAAGACUUUCUAUACCCUACGUGCCCAGGCUAGGGACCGGCACACUGACCGUCUCCUUGAACCUGAAUCAGAAUUUAUCAUUAAGGUGCAGGAUAUAAACGACAGUGAGCCUCGCUUUCUACAAGCGCCGUACAUUGGGAGUGUUGCAGAGCUGUCACCUGUAGGGACCUCUGUGAUGGUGGUGUCUGCUUGGGAUGCUGAUGAUCCAGCUUAUGGGAGCAGUGCCCGGGUGGUUUACAGUGUCCUGGAUGGAGAGAAACACUUCACAGUGGAUAGUAAAACAGGUGUCAUACAUACAGCGGUGUCGGACCUCGACCGGGAGUCUCAGGAUCGAUAUGACCUUGUAAUCCAGGCUACAGAUAUGGCUGGACAGUUAGGUGGACUGUCCGGGUCAACAACCGUCACAAUUGUGAUUACCGAUGUUAAUGAUAACCCUCCUCGAUUCCCUCAGAAACUGUACCAGUUUAGCAUGGCAGAAUCAGCUCCACCAGGUUCAGUGAUUGGCCGAGUUAAAGCAGAGGAUGCCGACGUUGGUGAAAACACAGAUAUGUUCUAUCAGAUACAGCAGCAAGAGAUGGGAGCCAUAUUUAAAGUUACCACAGAUUCAGUUACCCAGGAGGCGGUGCUGAGUAUUAUUAAGUCCCUGGAUUUUGAGACUCAGAAGGAGCACUCGUUGGUGUUAGAGGCUCAGAAUCGAUUUGUGGAUCCGCGCUUCACAGAUCUUGGGACAUUUCGUGAUCAGGCCAUUGUCAAAGUUUCUGUGCUGGAUGUAGAUGAGCCCCCUAAAUUUCAUCCCCUGGAUGGAAUUAUUGAGGUGCCAGAAGAUGCCCACAUUGGGUCUGUAAUUGGAGCGAUCACAGCCAUUGACCCGGACAAAGCUAAUAAUCCCAUAAGCUAUACACUGAACAGGACUUCUGAUGAUGGCAUUUUUGAAAUUGAUGUUGAGUCUGGUGAAAUCAGGAUCACUAAAGCUUUAGAUCGAGAAACCUCAGGGUGGCACAAUCUGACUGUUCAGGCACAUGAAACAGAAGAUCCACUAAAAGUAUCAUUUCUGUCUCUGCGGAUUCGAAUCCUGGAUGUGAAUGAUAACCCCCCUGAGUUAGCUACGCCACAUGAAUCAUCUGUGUGUGAGGAUGCUCUCCCAGGCCAGCUCAUUCAGACUAUUAGUGUGGUGGAUCGAGAUGAGCCAAUGGGGGGACAUCGAUUUUACUUUAGACUUGCGCCUGAGUCUACUGCAGAGCAUCACUUCACUCUGCUAAAUGUCAAAGAUAACACAGCCUCUGUGCAUACCCAUCAAAUGCCGUUUGACAGAAGAGAGCAGGAUAUGUUCAUCCUUCCUAUCCUGGUAGUUGACAGUGGGAAACCUGCUCUGAGCAGUACUGGAACUCUCACCAUCCGAGUGUGUGGUUGUGACAGCUCUGGAACUGUGCAGUCAUGUAAUACCACCGCUUAUGUGAUGACCGGAAGUCUCAGCCCUGGGGCACUCAUUGCUGUGCUUGUGUGUGUCCUAAUUCUUGUGGUACUGAUCUUGCUUAUCUUGGCUCUGAAGAGGCAUCAUCAGGGCCACUUGACUUCAGAGGAAGAUGAAGACAUGAGGGACAAUGUGAUCAAGUACAAUGAUGAGGGAGGUGGUGAGCAGGACACUGAGGCAUAUGACAUGUCUGCCCUGCGCAGUUUAUACAACUUUAGCGACGGCAGUGAGGCUGGGGGAGAUAGUUCCUUGGCCUCUCAGCGUCACCAACUGCCCCAGUGGUUCCCAGGUGCAGAGCUGGACUUCUCACUAUUUGGGGAUUAUAUCAGCCGGAAGGUGAGGCUGGCGGAUCAGGAUUCAACUGUGCCUCCUUAUGACUCAUUCCAGACUUAUGCCUUUGAAGGCUCGGGCUCCAGUGCUGCUUCUCUAAGUUCUAUUAGCAGCUGGUCAACGGGCUCAGAGCAAGACUUCUCACAGCUGGGUUCUUGGGGGCCCAGGUUCCGCCAGUUGGCUGCUUUGUACUCUGGACAUCGGGGGCAGGAAGAAAGCCCAGGAUCCUAGCCCCCCACAUACCCCCACUUAUCAGGGUAACAAGACUUUAUCUUUCUUUACAGGGGAUAACCAUUCAUAUUUAUUACAAAUCAAUGUAUAAACACAAGGAGACCUAACUGAAACUUCUCAGCCGUCCUCUCCAAUAAAGGUUCCUACUACACAGCCUCAGCCAUAGGAAAUGUCCCUUUCACUGUAUUACACAAUACACAGAUUCUUCAUCAUCCACACAUCAUUACCCCCAGAUUUUUUGUUAUUAUACACACAUAAUAAACAUCCACCUUAUUACACAAUGACUACCAAAGCAUCAGUCAUUAUUGCAUAUCAGACACUUGUUAUUAUAGGCCUAUAUAUCAUUAGCUAAAGUGCUGCUGUCAUAUAGAGCAUGUGGCAUACAUUGCUCUAUCAUUAAUUUUGUCACAGUAAUCAGUAGAUCAUCAAUAGAUGACAGUUGCUCUCAAAGCAGUACAUAAAACAACACACAGCUUAUUUAAUCACCCUAACCAAAAUAUUGCCUUGUUCUGGGGCAAUUCUCAUAUUCCAAACACAGAUAAAUAGCAGGGUAACCUCAGGGGAAUGGCUCUCAAUCCAGAGGAGGACAUACCAACAGUAUGAGUGGAUGUGUAAAUAAUCUUUCCUGGAACCACUUCUCUGGCCAUUAGAUUCUUCCCCUUCCAGCAUUACCCAUGCAGUACUAACAAAGAGACUAAACGUCCCAUAAUGCAGUGCAGCCAAACCCAGAGGCAAUGUCAUUUAUCAUAUUUCUUCAGAAGACAGAAUAAAAGUUUCUUCUUUUAA